AUGCCCGCAGUGAAGAAGAGUGAGGAUGCGGCGAAUUUGGGUAGCAUUGAUGAUCAGUCGUCGAGCAAUGACGACAGCAACCAUUCAGGCAUGAGAUUGACGGAUACGCGUGGAACGAAGCUCCGGCACGCACUCAAUGUGCGGUAUCGCCUUCGUAAGCUAUGUGUGGCACCAUCAUUUGAUGAACCACAUUCGACUUUGUGGGCCAUCUUCGUGCACCACAGUCAAUGUGCGGUAUCUUCGUGGACCACACUCGGCAUGGCGAGCGGUGCACAUUGGAGCCAGGAGAAUAAUCGGAGGUCGAGCUGUCAGGAGCGAGCCCGCGACAGCGGGGAGGCAGGCAAGAGUCGCGACCAGAAGGCGCCGAUACUAGCGUUGAUUCGGCAAGGGUCACACAGAGAGCACGGCCGACAAGUCAGGGUCCGGACGAGCGGGAAAGAAAUGAUGCCGCCACCAAGCAGAUAUACGAAACUGGGGUCGAAAGAAGAAAAACGGCAAUGA